AAGGCUGGAGGAAUAAGCGCAAGCGUCAUAGCUCAGCUAUUAGUUAUGUAGCCUCGCAUUUCCUCGAUACCACCGUCUCUGACAACUUGAAUAACUUCUCAAUUUCCACUUCGCUUGCUACAGUCCCUCAUCGAAACAUCGCUUCUUGUAUUUUUACCACCAACAAAUACUUCAUCGUAUCAAAUUUUGGAUAGAAUAUUUCAUAAUACUCGUUAAAAUGAGUCUCAAGAACGACAGCUUCCCUUCAUCGGCUGCUUUCGAUGCCAUCAACGAAUCCUUACAGUCCAGCGAAGCUGAUCGGAAGGAUGCUAUUAAGCAAGGCAAUGCUGUUUUUGCAUUCACGCUAAAGAAUAAAGCUGGCGAGACAGAGAGUUGGCAUAUUGAUUUGAAGGAGAAGGGUGUUGUCGGAAGUGGCCUAGGAACCAAACCAACAGUCACCCUAUCUCUCUCCGACGAAGACUUUAGCAAGCUUGUGUCUGGUCAGGCCAACGCUCAACGAUUAUUCAUGUCGGGGAAGCUCAAGAUCAAGGGCGAUGUAAUGAAGGCUACUAAGAUGCAGCCGAUCCUGGCGAAGGCGCAGACAAAGGCCAAGCUGUAGAAUGCUUAGCUGUCGUCAACCUGUAGCCUAGUUGAAAUCGAAAUCAUAUUAUCAAAAUAAACCAGAGAUAUUCCCGCCCUGUGACCUAAACACAUACACAAAUUGAGACUUUAGAAGCUAAGUCUUCAAGGCUGGUAGCUUUAUUGCUGGAUCUAUCGUGAUAUUUUGUUACGUAAUGAAUCUAAGUUAUUGUCCGUACCAUGCAUAAGAUCUAACCGGAAUAUUUCCUUGCUCCUGUGUUGCAAAAUUAUUCUAGUCGUAACCUUUGGAUAGUGCCCGGCAGGUCGGCUCUUUGUUGUUCAAAAUAAUGCCAAGAAAAACUUUGUUUUCUCCUUUGUCAAAUGGGUUAGAGAUACAUAGGAUAAGCUAUGAAAGUAUUCUAGGUUAACCCAGUCAUCAAUAUUACCCCUGGACAUCUCACACGCGUGAAAAGAAUGGGAGAAACUUUGGAAGAGGUUCAAUGUUGCAAGC